AUGAACCUUGCCAAUACAGUGUUCGAUGUGAAGCGACUGAUGGGGCGCCGUUUUGACGAUAAGGUGGUGCAGAGUGAUAUGAAGCACUGGCCCUUCAAAGUUAUCAAUUCGGAAGGGAAGCCAAAAAUUGAAGUGCAGCAUUGUGGUAAGACAAAGCAAUUUGUCGCAGAGCAGAUCUCGGCCAUGGUGUUGUCGAAGAUGAAGGAGACGGCGGAGGCGUACUUGGGCGAGGAGGUCACAGAUGCAGUGGUCACUGUGCCAGCGUACUUCAACGACAGCCAACGAAAUGCCACAAUAGACGCAGCAAAAAUCGCCGGUUUAAAUGUUCUGCGUCUCCUCAAUGAGCCAACAGCGGCUGCCAUAGCUUACGGCAUGGACAGGACGAGCGACAGGCAACGCAAUGUGCUCAUCUUUGAUUGGGGAGGUGGCACUUUCGACGUGUCCAUCCUGUCUAUAAAGAACAGAGAAUUUGAGGUGAAGGCGGUUGGUGGUGACACACACCUGGGAGGUGAGGACAUCAAUUCUCGACUAGUGGAUCACUUUGUGGAAAUGAUCAAGCAAGAGCACAAGGGUAAGGACUUGACCACUAACAAGAGAGCAAUCCACCGUCUGAGAAAGGCGUGUGAGACGGCAAAGAGGAUGUUGAGCUCGGCCGCGUCCACAAAGGUAGUGGUAGAAUCGUUGUUUGAUGAGGUCGAUUUCUGCAAGACCCUCACACGAGCCGAGUUUGAGCAGUUGUGCAUGGACCUCUUCAGUCAGACGAUGGAUAAGGUGAAGACAACAUUGAGUGAUGCGAAGUUGGACAAGGCUGACAUCCACGAGAUAUUGCUGGUGGGUGGAUCGACGCGCAUUCCGAAGGUGCAGAGCAUGUUGCAGGAAUUCUUCAAUGGUAGGGACUUACAAAGGUCCAUCAACCCAGACGAGGCAGUGGCGUACGGUGCAGCGGUGCUGGCAGCCAAACGGAGUGCAAAGGGUAGGAGUAUGCGAGCAUCAUCUCAUGGCAGAGUGCAAAACUGGGACGAACAAAUAUCGCCAAGCAAACGAUUGACACCGGUGGACACUGUGGAAUACACGAUAGCCAUUGGCGACGCAACACCGAUCUAG